CUGUUGGUGAACUUCUUUACAACCAACGCCAAUCGGAUGGUUGGUCUCGCGCUCUCGCCCAAUCAAAGCAGUAUCAGCUUCUUCAUUGCGUCCUACACCGUUUUUUCAGUCUCCCUUCUGUUUGGUGCCUGUUUAGGACUCGGCUACUUCGUACUUUCUGCUUCAUUUGGCCAACCCGUUUGGGAAUUCGAACAGGAGGUUUUGAAGCCAUUCGCCGUGCCCGCGUUUAUUGCUGGUCGUCGAGGGACUCUCCUGCUGUACUGUGUGGGCAUAACCACAUCAGUGGCGUCCUGUGCCUGCAACGUGCACGGCCUCAUCUCUCUCGCCCUCCACGACUUUGUUCAGACCUACUUGAAGCCCUUUAAGCGCACCAAAUCUAUCACAGACUGCCUCCUCUGCGACAAACCGCAAGGAAACUUUUCUGGUCGUCGCAGUGAGUGCCGUUGUUGCAGCAUACUGGACUGUGCGGAUUGCAGACUGGACACAAUGCAACGUCAAAGGUCGAUGAAGCACACUCUUGUGCCAUUCACUUGUCGAAUUCAUGGAGCCUACCGCACCUAUCUGGCUGAUAUAGAUCGUUUCUGGUCAAAGCUAAUGGUUCUCGCUUCGUUCUGCCUCACACCCUCAGCAAUUCUUCUCCAGAACAAUUACGUAAGCUCUUCUGGUCACCACCUUUGUUCAAAUCACGUAACAUAA